AUGGGUGUGUCCGAUGAUCUUACGAAAGAGUGUUGUUCGACAAUGCUUGAUGACAACAUGGACAUUUCUCGUUUGAUGGUGCAUACUCAACAAGUUGAGGAGAGUAGGGUCAAGAGGAAUAAUAGGGAGUUCAAGAGGGCAAAACCUUAUAAAGGAGUUGGGACGGAAAAUUGCUUUGGGUGUGGAAAGGGUGGCCAUAAGGCGAGGGAUUGUCGUAUGAUAAAGGCUAGAGGAAAGGAGAGUAAUCAAACUCAAGCAAGCUGUCCUAGUUUGGAUGUUCCUAAGAAGAACCUCUUCUCUGAUCUUUGCUAUAGGGGCGAUCAAGAGAAUUCUCCCGAUGUUGUCACUAGUGACUCCGCUGUGUCUAGAAGAGUCUUUACGAGUUGUCCUAUAUCAUUUCCUAAUAGAGUUAUAUUUGUUUAUUUGAUAGAACUUGAUAUGUUAGAUUUUGAUACCAACCGAUAUUCAAAGUUUCUUGGGUUUAUUCAGGUUCAAAGAGGUGGUAAUGGUAGAGUUCAGUCUACAACUUCAUUAGCACCAACAAGUCACCCGACUCAGCUGGGUAAAUCAUCUGGUACAGAUGGCGGUCAGCGCCAGAACAGGUUGUAUGCUCUUCAGGAUCACGAAGGUUCUCCUGAGAUAGUCACUUUAGUUUGUGAGUUUCCUGACGUUUUUCCAGAAGAUUUUCUCGGAGUCCCCCCUGAAAGGAAAAUCGACUUUGGCAUUGAUCUCCUUCCAUAUACCCAGUCUAUUUCUAUUCCUCCUUACAUAAAGGAGUUGAAAGAGAACUUGAAAGACCUUCAAGAUAAGGGUUUCAUCAGACCUAUUAUUUCACUAUGGGGUGCACCAGUGUUGUUUGUAAGGAAGAAAGAUGGUUUUCUCAGAAUUUACAUUGAUUAUAGACAGUUAAACAAGGUCAUAAUCAAGAACAUGUAUCCCAUUCUCAGGAUUGAUUAG